CAUCUAACUUUUUUGGUUUUGUGUGAAUUGCUGUCUGCGUCUAACACGCUACUUUGGUGCUUUUUUUUUUUUUCCACAGAGUUCACUGUAAUCACAGGUCAGGAUGAGCACUCGAGCGUACUGCUCGCUCAUUGCAGUUUUAUUGUGUCUCUGCAGAUGUUUGAGCAUAACCGAUGCUACUCGAGGACGCUCCAAAGUGACUGGUUUCUGUCCGGCGAGGCUCACGGUUGUACCGUCCCGUCGAGGAUGUUCUUCUGACAGAGACUGCUCCAGAGAACACAUAUGCUGUCGUUUUGAUCGGGGACCUGUGUGUGUGCCGCCUGUUUCCACAAAACCAGGAGAGUGUCCACCCGCCAGAAUGUGUGGAAGAUCAUGUACCAGCUCCUGUGAAAGUGACUCUUGCUGUCCAGGCAACGAGAAGUGCUGCAGCAAUGGAUGUGGACGUCACUGUACAGAUCCAUAUAUAGUGAAACCGGGUCAAUGUCCCAGACCAACGAGGACUCGAGUGUGUGAUGAAAACUGUUUCCAUGAUGGUCAAUGUCCUGCCAGACAGAAGUGUUGCCCAACGACCUGUGGCCGUUCAUGCAGUAAACCAUUGGGCCAAGGAGGCCAGGGCGGCCAGGGCCAAGGAGGCCAGGGCGGCCAGGGCCAAGGAGGCCAGGGCGGCCAGGGCCAAGGAGGCCAGGGCGGCCAGGGCCAAGGAGGCCAGGGCGGCCAGGGCCAAGGAGGAGGCCAGGGCCAAGGAGGCCAGGGCGGCCAGGGCCAAGGAGGCCAGGGCGGCCAGGGCGGCCAGGGCGGCCAGGGCGGCCAGGGCCAAGGAGGCCAGGGCCAAGGAGGCCAGGGCCAAGGAGGCCAGGGCCAGGGAGGCCAGGGCCAGGGAGGCCAGGGCCAAGGAGGCCAGGGCGAAGGCGGCCAGGGCCAAGGAGGCCAGGGCGGCCAGGGCCAAGGAGGCCAGGACCAAGGCGGCCAGGGCCAGGGCCAAGGAGGCCAGGGCCAGGGCCAAGGAGGCCAGGGCCAGGGCCAAGGAGGGGGUCAGGGUCAGGGCCAAGGAGGCCAGGGCCAAGGAGGCCAGGGUCAGGGCCAAGGGGGCCAGGGUCAGGGCCAAGGGGGUCAGGGUCAGGGCCAAGGGGGUCAGGGUCAGGGCCAAGGGGGUCAGGGCCAGGGCCAAGGAGGCCAGGGCCAAGGAGGCCAGGGCCAAGGAGGCCAGGGCCAAGGAGGCCAGGGUGGCAGCCAGGGCCAGGGGGGUGGACAGGGUGGCAGCCGGGGAGGUAAAUAAGUCUUUUAUUGUUCUGAGGUUAGGGAAGUUGUGAAAUGUGUCCAGGUAUUUGGUCCAGCUAGUGAUUCUGGGCAUUUUUUGCAAUGCACUGGAGAUCUUUUCAUGUGGAAAUCUAUUCCCAUUUCCUCCAUUCUGUAAACCCACCCCUUCAUUCAAAUAAAGAUGAUUGCUUGA